AUGCUGGCACAAAACAAUGAGGAGGGAAAAGAAGUUGCUCUUUACUACCUAAGUAGAACUUUAGUAGGGGCAGAACAAAACUACCCUCCAAUUGAGAAAGUGUGCUUGGCUUUAAUCUUUGCUGUCACAAAACUACAACACUAUUUGCUCUCACAUCCUGUGACUUUAGUGUCAAAAGCUGACCCUCUAAGAUAUAUCCUAUCCAAGCCCGUGUUGUCUGGACAACUUGCCAAAUGGUCCAUGAUGCUAUCAGAAUUUGAAAUCAACUUUGUCCCGCAAAAAGCAACAAAAGGACAAGCUUUGGCUGAUUUUCUGGCAGCACACCCAAUUCCAGAUGAUAUGGAGUUGCGAGAGGAUCUCCCGGACGAAGAAGUCUUCACAGUUGAUACUUCAUCGUGGCAAUUAUAUUUUGAUGGGGCAGCAAGAAGUAGUGGGGCAGGUGCAGGAAUUGUCUUCGUGACACCGUCAGGAGGCCUGCUACCUUAUUCUUUCCAUAUUCUAGCUAUAUGCACAAAUAAUGUAGCAGAAUAUGAAGCAUUAGUUAUCGGCCUCGAAGUUGCACUCGAAAUGAAAAUACAAUCAUUGGAGGUAUUUGGUGAUUCUCUUUUGGUUAUUAAACAAAUGAGUGGUGAAUUUGCGGUCAAGCAUGAGAAUUUAGUUCCUUAUCAUGAAAAGGCUAAAUAUUUGCUUGGCCAAUUUCAAGAAAUAACUCUAAAUCACAUCCCCAGAUCAAAAAAUGGUAAAGCUGAUGCAUUGGCUAAUUUAGCUGCAUCACUAACACUUCCUGAAGAAAGGGAUAUUCAAAUUACCAUAGGGGAACGCCAUCGUCAGCCAAUCAAAGACUACAUCCAAAACGGAGUCUUGCCAGAAGACUUGAAGAAAAGAGUGGAUGUAAGAAGAAGAGCGCCUCGAUUUGUGGUCUUUAAUGACACAUUGUACAAGCGUUCAUUCGAUGGGAUAUUAUUGAGAUGCCUCUCGAUAGAAGAAGCAGCACAUGCACUUCAAGAGACUCAUGCCGGUACAUGUGGCGCCCAUCAAGCCGGCCCAAAAUUGUCGGCUCAAUUAAAGCGAUUGGGUUACUAUUGGCCUACUAUGGUUCAAGAUGCGAUUAAUUUCGCUAAGUGUUGUAAGUCAUGCCAAUUACAUGGAGAUUUCAUCCACCAACCCCCUCAACCACUUCAUCCUUCUAUACUGUCAUGGCCUUUCGAAACAUGGGGAAUGGACGUCAUUGGUCCUUUUACGCCACCCUCUUCUAAAGUCCAUAAGUAUAUUUUGGCCAUCACAGAUUACUUCUCUAAAUAG